UAAAAGCCUCCGCCAUUUCUGUUAAACUGAACGCAUCCACUUAAUAUUAUGUAGUCUGUAUCAGUCAAUGUAAUCUGUAUCUGUCAAUGUAGUCUGUUAUAAUAAAUAUAUCGCCCCUGUCUGUUCCAAGAUAUUGAGCGGUUCGCACCAUUGUCUAACUCAGCUGUUUUAUUUAUUUCUCUUUACUAAAUUCCUACUCUAAAAUAGUUUGUAACAGGUUAUGGGCCCAGACGCCCGGAUAGAAAUAGGGAAGUAGGAUUUAUAAAGUGAUAGGCAUCACGUUGAUGCAAAUUGAUUUCGUGAUACGUCGCGACGUCAUUAACUUUUCAGCUUACAAUGGCGGACCCCCGUUUUGCUCAAAUUGAUCGUUUGGCGGGCCGUGAUAAUUAUCCUACAUGGAGUUUCGCGGUGAAAACCUUUUUAGAGCAAGAAGAUUUGUGGAAAUGUGUCGAGACAUCGGGCAUGGCUUUUACGAAGACCGAAGAUACGAAGGCAAGGUCAAAAAUAGUCCUUCUAGUUGACCCUAUGAACUAUGUUCAUAUCCAGGAUGCCACCACGGCUAAGGAGGUAUGGGAUAACCUGAGAAAGGCUUUUGAUGACUCCGGCUUGUUGAGGAAGGUAGGUCUUCUGCGAGAACUAAUUACAACAGAUCUGGAAAGUUGUGGUAGUGUUGAGAACUAUGUCAACAAAAUCAUCACAUGUGCACACAAGCUUCGUAAUAUAAAAUUCAUUGUAGAUGAUGAGUGGCUCGGCACAUUAUUAUUAGCCGGGUUACCAGAGUCAUAUAGUCCUAUGAUUAUGGCUAUGGAAAGCUCAGGUGUGUCCAUCACUGCUGAUUUAGUUAAAACAAAGAUUUUACAGGAUGUAAAGUCUCCGGACAACUCAUCUGUUUUUUUUUCAAAUUUCUACAAAGGCAAGGCAAAGAAUAGUAAAUGUUCAGGUUCUAAAGCAAAUAGUAAAGGUCCCAGGUGCUUUAGGUGCAAUAGGCAUGGUCAUUUAGCCAAAUUUUGUGCCUCAAACAGCUCAAAUCAAAAGAAUAAGUCUGAAACUAUUAAUACUUCUUCUAGCUAUGUUGCAGCGUUUCCAGCCUCACCAGGCCUAGAGAGUGGAUGCUGGUACAUUGAUUCAGGAGCUGCAAUGCACAUGACAAACAAGAGAGAUUGGCUUUAUGACUACGGACCUGCUUUAGUAACAAACAUUAAAGUUGCAGACAACAAAAUAUUAACAGUAAAAGGCUGUGGUAAAGUAAAUAUAGAAACAUAUAAAAGUAAAAAUGAAGAAUAAUUUCAAAAUGAAUGAGCUUGGAAUUGCUUAUUGUUAUAUUGGACUUUGUAUUUCAUACAGUUCAGAAGGAAUAGCCAUUGAUCAAACUAGGUACAUAGAAAAUACAUUAAGACGUUUUGGUAUGGAACAAUGUAACUCAGUAGGAACUCCAAUGGAACCGAAUAUAAAGUUUUCAAGUUCUGAAAAAUUUGAAAGUAUACCUUACCAGGAAGCCACUGGCUGCUUAUUAUACAUCUCACAAGGAACAAGGCCAGAUAUAUGCUAUGCAGUGCAUACAUUAUGUCGAUAUAAUAGUUCUCAUACAGAAGAGCAUUGGAAUGCUGUUAAGAGGUUAUUUCGAUACUUACAAGGUACAAAGUAUCUACAGCUUGUAUACAAAAGUAAUGUUGAUGAAGAAAUCACUGGAUACUCAGACUCUGAUUGGGCUUCCUGUACUGAAUUCAAAAAGGCAGCAAACUGUUGCCUUGUCUACUACUGAGGCAGAGUAUAUGGCGCUCUCAGCUGCUACUCAAGAAGCUAUGUGGCUGAGACAGUUGCACUGUGAACUGUGGCCUUCUUUACUGUGAUAAUCAAAGUGCUAUUAAACUUACAGGUACUUACAGUUAUCAUGCUAGGAGUAAACACAUUGAUGUUCGUCACCACUAUCUGAGGAACAAAGUUGAAUGUGGUGAUGUCAAGAUUGAAUAUGUGGGCACUGAUUCGAUGGUUGCUGACUGCCUCACCAAAGCCCUACCGAAGCCCAAACACCAGCACUUCCUCAUCGCUAUGGGUUUGCGUUCAAGGGAGGAUGUUAAACUGAACGCAUCCACUUAAUAUUAUGUAGUCUGUAUCAGUCAAUGUAAUCUGUAUCUGUCAAUGUAGUCUGUUAUAAUAAAUAUAUCGCCCCUGUCUGUUCCAAGAUAUUGAGCGGUUCGCACCAUUGUCUAA